CAUAAGGACUCUACCGUCUGUUGCGAUUCAGUUGAUUAAAGAAAACGCAGUUAAGGAUGAACCUCGCAUUUUCGGAGUCACAGGCUUGUGCAAAAAGUUGGUGGGGCAUUUUUCUCAUAGUUGGAAGAAAAGGGUGGCAUUAACUGAAGCCCAGGAAGAACUUCAGCUUCCAAAGCAUGCACUCAUAACAGAGUGCCCAAUAAGGUGUGGCUCAAGGCAACAGAUGAUAGAAAGGGUUUUGGAGCAAGAGUGGGCACUGUCUCAGGUCCUUUCAGCUGCCGUAAAACAGACACAGAUGUCCUUGAAACUGUGAGUAAAGCACUGAGCCCACUUCAGGAGUUCACAGAUGCCCUGUCCGGUGAAGACUAUGUCAGUGUGUCAUAUCUGAAACCAGUUCUUCAUCUAUUCAACACAAAGAUACUGGCUGUGGAGGAUGAGGAUUCUGACCUGAUCAAGACAAUAAAAUCCACGAUUCUUGACUACAUCAGUAAAAACUAUGAAUGAUGAAGAUACCCAAGAACUGCUGGAUAUGGCAUUAUUCCUAGAUCCAAGAUUCAAGACAAAGGCCAGGGUGAUGUCUGAUAUGUAAGAGAUUUCGCCCCCAUGUGAGUUGUUGUUUGGGUAAAUUGAGUGGGACAGUCAUGCCUUAUUACACUGUUUAUCUAGUAUUUUGUCUUUUCUAUCUGUUCUAUGCAUUCUCAUUGGAUGCAAUUAAUUCUGAGAGCACCACAGGCAGGGAGAAUGUAGACACAGAUCUACCUUCAUCAGCAAAAAAAAAACAAACAAAAAAAAAGCAAAGAAGUCUUUGGGAAGCUUCUUCAAGACUCUCAGCCAUGCCAGCAUCUCUGAAACUUGAAGAAGCAAUUGCCUCUGAGGAAACAACAUCAGAUAAACUUCCCAAGAUUGAGCAGGCUUGCACAAAAUUAUCUGUAUUCCUGCUACAAGCUCACCAUCAGAGAGGGUGUUUAGCACAGGAGGAAAUGUGGUGACAUGUCAGCGUUCAUGCUUUAAGCCAGAAAUGGUACACAUGCUGGUUUUCUUAGCAAAAAACCUUUAAACUAGUAAAGCAGCUAGUUUCUGUCAUUGUUCUAGUUUCUGUUUUUUCAGAGAUUCUUCAGUCUGGGUUGUUAUUUUGUUUUGGUGGUUUGAUUACCAUAUUCUUAUUUAUUUUGCCUUAUGUCUGUUCUAGAAACAUGAUGUGCCAACUUUACCAAUGGUUUAUUUUGCCUUAUGUCUGUUCUAAAGACAUGAUGUGACAACUUUACUAAAUGUUAUUUGUCUUAUGUCUGUUCUAGAGACAUCGAAAUGCAUUUAUGAAUGUAAAAUGUGUAAGGAAAUAUUUUGCCAAAAUCGCGAUUAAAAUCGAAAUCGCAAUGUCUGUCAAAAAAUCGUGAUAGUAUUUUUUUGUCCAUAUCACACAGCUCUUCUACAAACCCGAAAGAGUUUUGGAGAGGUGCUUCUUUGCUGGCACACACACAGAGAAGAGCGGGACUCGAUGCUCAGCGAAGCGUUGGUUUAAGAGUUCCACCAGUUCACCAGUCAUCACGUUAAUCUUAGUGAUCUCGAUUCACCCCUGCAGUGAAAAAAGGUGGUAUAUAAAGAGGAUCAACUCCGGAGUAACCACUGAAGUCUACUGGCAUACUGUUGCAAAAAUGAAGUUUGUUAAAGAGGAGAGUGAAGACAUCAGUAUUACAGAACCAUGCAGAAUGAAACAUGAAGAUACUGAGGAACGAAGAGACUUGAUAGAAGUAAAAGAAGAAAGUCAAGAACUGAAUGACAUGGAGGAAAAACACCAUCAGUAUCAGACGUUUGAUAAUUUCAUCACUGGUGAAGAUUCUUUUAGUGUCUCAAAGACUGAAAAGAAUUUCUCAUGGAAAAUAACUCAAAGAACAAAAGUCACCAAUUCUUUCACCUGCUCUCACUGUGGACAGAGUUUCACACAAGCAGCCCAUCUCACACUUCAUCUGCAAAAUCACACUGGAAUAUGGCCAUUUAACUGUGAUCAGUGUGGAAAGAAAUUUAGUCGGAAAUCAAGUUUGAAGUUACACAUCACAACUCACACAAAUGAGAAGCCUUACGUGUGUGCUUUUUGUGCAAAGAGUUUCGCUCACUCAGUACUCCUGAAAGCACACGAGAGAGUUCAUACUGGAGAGAAGCCAUACUACUGUACUUCAUGUGGGAAAAGUUUCUCAAAGAGAGGAUAUCUAAAUGUUCACAUGAAAAUUCACACUGGAGAAAAACCCUUCCCCUGCCUUCAGUGUGCCAAGAGUUUCAGAGCGAAAGGAGAUCUUCAGCGUCACAUGAGAAUUCACACUGGAGAGAAGCCAUACUACUGUACUUCAUGUGGGAAAAGUUUCUCAACAAGAAGACAUCUUGAUGGUCACAUGAAAAUUCACACUGGAGAAAAACCCUUCCCCUGCCAUCAGUGUGGCAAGAGUUUCAGAGUGAAAGGAGAUCUUAAGCGUCACAUGAGAAUUCACACUGGAGAGAAGCCGUACUACUGUACUUCAUGUGGGAAAAGUUUCUCAACAAGAGGUCAUCUUGAUGGUCACAUGAAAAUUCACACUGGAGAAAAACCCUUCCCCUGCCUUCUGUGUGGCAAGAGUUUCAGAGUGAAAGGAAAUCUUCAGCGUCACAUGAGAAUUCACACUGGAGAGAAGCCUUUUACCUGCUCUCAGUGUGGAAAGAGUUUCACACAAGCAGGACAUCUCAAAAUUCAUCUGCAAUAUCAUUCUGGAUUAAAACCAUUUAACUGUGAUCAGUGUGGCAAGACAUUUAUGUGGGCAUCACAUCUAAAUACGCACAUGACAACUCAUACUAAUGAGAAGCCUUAUGUGUGUUCUUUUUGUGGAAAAAGUUUCAUUACAUCAGGACACCUGAAAUCACAUGAGAGAGUGCAUACUGGAGAAAAGCCAUUCAAAUGCACUAUAUGUGAAAAGAAUUUCACCCAAUUAAGUAGUCUAAAGUCUCAUUUAAAAAAGAGUUGCCCAAAAUUAUAAUUGUGAGCAUGGUUAUUUCAGGGUCAACACUUAACUUCAAUCAGUUUACUAGAUCUGUUGUAGUUUGAAAGUCAUAAAAUCAUUUCAAAAACAUAAAAGAACCAUAAAGGUUAGGAGCAGAAAAAUGCAUGCAAAAAUGCAUUCUAUGCAAAAAUCAUUUUGAUCAUUGGUAUUUUUGUCUUGUUUCCCAGUAAAAAUAUCUAAACAUCCUUAAAACAAGAUAUUCAAAAUGUCAACAUAUUAAGUCUUCUUUUGAGAGAAAUACUUUUCUCUAACUUAAUUCAGUGAAGUUUAGGUUUAAAACAAGAAAAAAAUAUUUACCAAUGGGUUAAGAAAAAUAAACAAGCAUAAAGUUUACUAAAUUUGGUCAGAUUUCACUGAAAACAAGACAGUUUCUUUUUCAAUUUCAUUAAUAUCAGAAUGACAACAUUAACCUUUAGUAUAUUAUGUAAACGGAGUCAAAUUAAAUUGGGGUUCAAUUAAUGUAUUAUUCCUUUGUCACAGUUGAAAUGAUUUUGAUUGACAUGAUAUAGUAAACCUUCUGAUAACAUGACAUGAAGGCCCUGUUUAUACCUGUUAUUAUU